AUGUCCAGCCCAGCUAUCUUAGCCAGAGUCGACAAAAUCUGGAGGGAGCAGCUUACCGACCAACCUCCACAGACUUCCGAGCAGAUUGAGAAAGCCAAGAAACUCAUCGAACUAUUCGAGGGCAUGUUCACGUUCCUCGAUUAUUCCGUUGCUGAUCGCCUACUCUCUGAGGAUUACAUUCAGCAUAAUGUUACAGUCGGCACUGGUCGCCAAUCCAUCAUCGAAUUCGCAGAACGCGAGGCCAAGGAUCCGAACAAGAAGCUUACAAUGAAUUAUAAGAGAGUGCUUGUGGACGGAGAUUUUGUUUUUGUGCAUCUCCACAUCGACCAGCAUGACGGAACUGAAGGCCUGCGGGCCAUGGAAAUCCUUCGGCACCAGAACGGCGUCUUCACUGAACAUUGGGACUCUGUUGCUCCAAUACCUCCUCGAUCUGAACAUAAGAAUCCCAAUGGCGUGUUCUAG